CUCAUUUCCUAAACAACAGAGACGAGACGGGAAAGACUUUUACAGCUGCAAAACACUUUGCGUUCAUAGCUGGUGACAGUUAAUACAUAACAUUUGUGCAUUAAGUGUUCAACGUCUAUGGUUGACAAGACAAUAUCUAGGGCAUAUGGAGUAAAAUAUCAUCCAAGGGCUUUCCAAGGAGUGCUGCAGAAGAGAAAUCUAUUUUGUGAUAUUUUUGCACGCCAAGUCAUUAUGGUCCGUCUGACAGUGCAUCUGAUCGCAAAAUCAAGCAAUUACUCAAAAACCGGCAGAAGCGAAUCUCUCCAGCAGUAUCUGAAGAAACUGACCCAUCUCAACUUCUCGAAUAAAAGUAUAGAGGACAUUGAUGAUCUAUCAAUAUGCAGAAACCUCACAGUCCUGUAUCUAUAUGACAACCAAAUAUCACAAAUCUGCAAUUUGGGGUUUGCCUCAAACCUUACACACUUAUACAUGCAAAAUAACAAUAUCUCUUGCAUAGAGAACCUCUCAUCUCUACAUAAUCUCUCCAAACUGUUCUUGGGAGGAAACAGCAUCACUGUGGUGGAGGGAUUAGAGGAGUUGAAAAACCUGAAGGAGCUGCAUGUGGAAGGUCAAAAACUACCCUGUGGAGAAAAGCUGGUCUUUGACCCCCGUUCCAUAUCUAGCCUCUCUGAAGCUCUGUGCAUUUUAAAUAUCAGCAAAAAUAACAUUGAUGAAAUCUGGGACUUGGCCCCUCUUAGAAAACUGAGCCAUCUUUACGCUACCGAUAACCAGCUACGGGACAUGCAGGAGUUAGAGACAGUGUUCAGCCAAUGGUCUCAACUGCGGCUACUGGAUCUGAAUAGAAAUCCUGUGUGUCACAAACCUAAAUACAGAGACAGACUAAUAACUGCCUGCAAAAUUCUAGAAGAUCUUGAUGGAAAACAAAUAAAUGAGCUGUCUAGGCAGUUUCUACUCAACUGGAAAGCCUCAAAAGACGCAAAGAAGAAACUAGAUUCACUAGAUUCAGAAGACAUCAAAGAACAAAUCACAAAUCCACGUACAGCUGAUUUUCGCGUGGGCCCCCAACAUCCCUUUACCCAUGACCGCAGCAGCUCUCUAAGUAAGCCGUCAGAAUAUGGGAAGCCCGGCGUUACAUAUCGGACUGACCGAGUUCAGGGAGACAGCAGAGGAAGAAGGUUUGAACAAUCAAAAUUGUCUUUUGUGCAUUAUGUUAUUCUUUACAUAAUUUGGGGCUAAUGAAAAUUUUUAUUAUUUUUUAUUUUAUUUUUAUUUUUCUUUAUUUAUUUUCUUUCUUUCUUUAUUUUUUUAAUGAAAUACUUACAACUCAUCUUAAAUUAAAUAAGGAAAUAAAUUCCUAGAUAAAUUCCACGUUGCCUUGAGACAUGCUGGACAAAUGCCUGCUAUUUGUCAAGCUGUAUGACUCUUAUUUUCCCACCCAUGCAAAUAAACAGCUCUCUCCUUUAGAACUGGCCUGAGGUUAACCAUCGUUCUGUGCUGCGCUGUGUAAUGUGACAUCAUCUACAGUUGUACUACACAAAUCAUAUCCUUUGAUGUCUGACGUCCUAAACAUGUUAAUCCUAUACUUAUCAUUUCAGCUGAUUUAUCAGCGUGUGGCCUCUGAAAUGCAGAAAUGAUUUGUUGAUGUAACUACAAUAAAUAUAAACUGAAUGUUUCUGUACUUAUAAGAAAAAACUGCAGUGAGUAUGAGUGCAUGAGUUCUAAUGCGUGAGUAAUAGGAAUGAUAAUGCUGAAUGACAGUUGUUUAAAACUCUAAUUAGCUGUUUACUAUGUUAUUACAGGGGUCCAGUAACAGAAGGAUUUGUAGUGAUAAUUUACAGAAGCAUAUUUUAAACCGUGUGCGCCAAUAUUUUAUUAUGUUCUUGGCUGUAUGUAUUGCUCCUAAUGCAAAACACAUAAGCAUGAAAGUCAACAAAUUAUUUUGUGGUAAGUUACGACAUUUCAUUGAAUUCGUUUAAUUUAAUUCAUGACUUUUCUGGUGUGUUCACAGGUCAAGAGGGAUAAAUAUUUCAGUGAGGACUGGCAGACUCUGAAACUACUGAUUAAAAACCUUUUAUCAGUGUCCUUUUGGCUUUAUAAAUUUGCCUCAAAAGUCAGUUGCUCACAUACAAGCUUAGCUUGUCAUCUCUGUGUGAGGACUUUACUGAAAAAUGUUCAGUUAAGCUCUGACACAUAUUAAAUAUGAAUUUAAGAGCAGCUUCUCCAUACUGCAACAACAGACUCUCUUUUACACUGCCUGAAUUGCAUUUUUAUAUUCUGUUUGAAAUUCCAAAAUUGUAUUUCUUAAAUAUUUGUCUGUGUGUGUGUGUGAGUGUGUGUGUUUAAUAAAUUU